AUGGAUCUCAUUCUUAAGACCCGUAUAGAUCUUCUGUCUGUGUUGGCGCUAGGAACGCAGCCAGGGCUUUUCUGCAGGAAGUCCAUUUGCUUCAGACGAUCAUUUCCAAGGCUCGCAAUCCUAUGGAAUGGUGAACCUCUGAGAUGUGAAAAAUGUUACAAGGAUGGCCUAACGUGUUCAGGAAGGAAUCGCCUCUGUGACUAUGACCUUAAAACCUGUGUUGUAGUAUUAGUUGAAUACACACAUUAUGGAAAACCUCAACUGAGAGCAGUAAAAGCCUGCGAGCACACAAAUGUUUGUAACACUCCUUUGCAAUAUCUAAAUAUGGGUCGAGGGAUAUAUGAACGGUCAAAUGUCAUCUGUUGUAUAGGGGAGGCCUGCAAGACUGCUGCUCCUCGAUUCCAACCAGGGUUCAUCACACCCAACGGGAAGUCCUGCCCAGCCUGCUUUGCCACUGACAUUUCUCACUGCGGAUCCGCCAGAGUAGAUUGUUCUGGAAAUGAGUUCCACUGCAUUAGUACAUUUCACGAAGUUUGGGAACACGGAGGCGAGGCAAAAGGUGAAUCUCCUUCCACCGAAAUGAGAGAGAGAGAUUGGAGAGUUAUGAUCAGCAAGAAGGGAAGGACAUUUACGAGUGAAGGCUCCUUGACCUGCCUGUAA